AUGAUGCCCAAAACCCAGCAACAUCUGCUUCUUGAACAAGCCUUUAUUGCUGUCCCUUAUCUCGAUGAGAUUCACAGACUCUCUAGGAUUCUUGAGAUGCAAACGGGUAUGGCAAUCAUUUUUGACGACUAUGUCACACUGGUGGAAUCUGCAGCCCAAAGUUUUGACACUCGGCAAGUCUCCAAGCCUAGGCCUAAAAAUAAUCCUAGUAGAGAUGUCUACUCUACUGGUGUUGAUACUACUCUUCCUCCUGAAGUGGUUGAUAAUGCCAGAGACAACAUCUUAGGGUAUGUGACUGAACGUCAAUCUCUCAGACCUGGAGGAGCAAACGGUGGAAUUGCUGGUGAUGAUGUGAUCACCUUGUCUCAAACAAAUUGUGCUGUAGAGGUUGGAGCCAUAGAUGAUCAUCAACUAACAGAUGUGUCCAUCAAAACCCUACCACACAUUAUCUUAACCUCUGACAAGAAUUGGGAUCCUGGUGUUCUAGACUCCAGAGUGGAUGAGUUCGAUCCCAAACCUGACAAUGGAUUGGAAGAUCUAGAUCCCAAAGUGGACGACUUUGACAAAUGGACCGACUGUAUCACUGGCGAUGGAUUGGAAGGAGCUAAGAGCCGUUUUGAUCAAGUAGAUAUCCUCAAGAGAAAUUCUAUUUUUGAUGAAGCUAUUUUUGAUGAAGCCAUACACUUCUUUGAAACUUUUCAGUAUGCAUCACCGUUUGAUGAACCGUACAAGGAUUCCGAAUGUACAGAUACCGGAACAGAUUGUCCAGAUACUGGACCGGACUAUUUUGACCGCAACAUGGUAGAGUCAUCCUGUCCAGAUCCAUACUACAUUGAUCCUCCCAUCUUUGUCAUACUUGAAGCCAGUAAAUCAUGUAGGCACCCAAGUGUUCUACUUGUCCCUGAUGCCUCUAUCAAGUUUGAUGUUGAGGUGGGACCAUUGUUCACCAAAGAAUCUUCUCAAGAGUUGACACAUGAUUUGCCAACUAGACCCCCAACACCAAAGGACACGUUCACUAUUGACAUACCUUCCAAACCUCGAUGCUACACAAGUCGCAAGGAUUGUUUUGGUUGUGGUAUUUGGCCCGGCAAUGGGGAGCGUCAAUAUUUUGCGUGGUUACCUAAGCUUUCUUUUCACUGUACUACUACUGAUCUUGCUAGACCUCCCACAAACGCCCACCAUGAACACAAAUAUCAUCCUCUGUCUCCUCUUCCAAAGCCAAUCAGUUGCAUGGUCGUCUUGGUAGGCAUUGCCAAGCAUGAUUGUCACAACAUGACCAACAUAUUUCUGUUUCUCAAAACAAACAAUGUCUUGUUGCCUUCUGCCAUCUGCUCUGCUCUACCACCUACCGGACUACACAAACGUCUUGUUCUACCUGAUGGGGAGGAGUUAGCGCUCCCUACAAUAACCAAGUCAAUUGAUCUAUCUGAUGGGGAGGAGUUGACACCCCCUACAAAAAUCAAAUCUAGAGACCAUAAGUCCCUCAAGACCAUUGUUCAUUCUAGUGAUGUUGAAUCAGAUAUAGAAGACGUUCUUUUAGAAGAAAAGGACCUCAUUGGACGGACUUUCCUUCUUUCACCAGAUGAUGAAGGUUAUGUUCAAUGUGCUAAGAUUGUUGAGCUUAAUUACAAGCGUAAUCGCAACGCGGGCAUUCAGCCUGCACGCAUUCAACUAUGCUUGAACAUUGAUAAAGGCAAAUAUGAGCAUGUUAUGGCUUACCAUGAGAUCCACAAGUGGUCAGAAACUGACAAGGACAACCCCAUAGAUACAAAGCUGAAGCAAGUUGUAUGCCACCAUCACUACAUUUGA